AAUUACAUAUUUUAUAUGCUAUGUAAUUUAUAGCAAUCGUAUCUUAUCGUGGCAUCAUAAAUAAUAAAGAAAAUAGCUAAAUUUAAUAAAUCUUGAUUUUCCAUACGGGCUUGCUUAAUUUUAUAUGAGGUUUUGCUUUUCUCUACCUACUUCAUAGUUUAUCUAGUAUACAGAACUAUAUAUCUUGCGUCGUUGUAUAUAACGACUAUUUUACUGCAUCGUAGAGGCAACCGCAAGGUAGCGUGGCCGAGCGGUCUAAGGCGCUGGUUUAAGGCACCAGUCUCUUCGGGGGCGUGGGUUCGAAUCCCACCGCUGCCAACGUUUUCCCCAAUGGAACGCAUCUUUUUCUUCAAUAAGUCGCUGAGUUGACUCUUCAACAAUAUGAAUUAAAAAAGACGUUUUCCUCCAACUAUAUCUAUUUCAGAUAAGAAUCCAGAGUAUGCAAACGGGUCAUCACCUCCAAGAGCGUGGAUGCCAGUUAUCGCUAUGAGCACGUGUAGUUAACUCUGGAUGCAGCCGGCUUAGCCCUGACAAACAGGAACAACACACGAGCACACUUACGGUGCGCAAACCCAUGGCCACUCCGUACACGCAUGUUGAACACCUAACCGACAAAGGCAAGCGGCUUGUGUACCACAGUGGACCGUUUCCAGGACAGGAACAAUGAUGACGACUACGCAGUUUCCAUGAAACUGGGAUAUCUUUUACCAUUGUGUUUCAAGUGGAUUUUGUACAUAUAUUUCCAUUCUCCGUCUUUCUUACGGAACCUAUCUCUGUGCUUCCCAAACUCACAGAGUUUGCCUGUUCUUUCCAACUUUCUUCGCUAUAUAUAUAUAUGGGUAUACAUGGAAAGCUGCUUGCUUUUCACUUGGGCCGUUCGAGAGACAAAGUCCGAUAGAAACAGAAAGAGUGCGAGAAGCUGUGGAAUAGACAGUAGAUGCCGGGGUCAUCGAUCAUAUUUAAAAGCCUAAAGAAAAAGGCUUUGACACUGGGCAGAUUCGCCUGAAAUGCCGUUGCUGCCAAGAACAUUAGGCGAUAGUCGGGUCAGUCUGAGUGCGCUCGCUCAUAAGAAGACGACUGGCUCCGGCUGAGAUGGCAAUCAGAAACUGAACAGCGGACGAGAGUGUACACGGCACCGGCAGCGGUGGAAGCAUCACGAUCUUUUCUCUUCCCUGACAUUCAUCACAGACCGGUGGCCACCUUUGAUCCGAUGAACGACAGGAAAUAUUACCGUCCUGUAUUUUUCUCCGCUGGUGGUCGGAGCUUCUGGCAGUUUAGAGGAAGGCAUUACUAAUAAACAGAACUUAUAAAACGAUGGCUGCGUUCUAAAUCAGUUCUGAGCGAGUGGGGCUCGGAAUCCCGGCCACAAACUAUGUUCGCACAUAUGAAAUGGAACUUAACAUUAAGUGCCGUUUUUCAUACGGACCGACUUGACUUGACGGAAUCAGCACCUGUGGAUGUGACAUCAUUGUUAAUAUAUUUUUUGUAUCAAUAUAACACUGUUUUUUUAUUGAAGCAGCGCAAGGACUUAAUAUUUAUGAAUAAGCUUUGUCAUAACACUAAGUUCUAGCCCACAAAGCGUGCCAUUCGGGCUGAUUCACAGCAAUUAUUUUGGGGCAAUUAAAAAAAAUAAGUAAAGCUGAAACUUGACAGCCAUAUUUCGUUACAUUAGUUGGUCAGUACCAAUAGUAAUAACGUUAUAACUAUGGUAAUAUAACUUCAUACAAUUAAAAAUAUUGUCUUCGUUGUGAUAAAAUAAAAUCCAGAAAAAAAGCUCCUUACAAAAAUGAUACACAAUAACACUGAGAGAAAUAUGCCUGCUGUCUCUGGAAGUUAUUUCAGCCACUCGAUACAAUGGCAGCAGCUCCAUCAGCAGAAUCACCGCAACUGGCGCUAAAGGCAACAAACAACGGGGCUUGUAAGCAUUGCCCCCAUGCUGAUCGUCAAUUAAAGGAGCUCCAUGGAAGCCAGUGACGCACGCUCUGUCGACAACAGUGAAGAGAAUACGCUUUGCAAGAUUUUCUUGAUGCGAGCUAACCUUCUAUGCGCGUGAUGUUGCCGCGCAUCGUCUGGUUCUGUGUGAUGAUUUAGAAUCGAUCCUGCCGGCAUCAGCUGAUUGGAGUAGCAGAAUAAAUAGAGCAUACGAAUCAUUACUUGGCGUCGCAGUUUGAAGUAACUUUCAUUCUAGCAUUACUCAAGAUUAGUGGGCCUUAUCCAACCGUUUAGCUGACUAUCCAGCGCUGCACUAAGUAGGUAAAGCUAGACGCUGCCGUUCGCUGAAGUUCGAAGUUCUGUUCUCUGAGAAGUUGGCUGCGCAAACGGAUGGCACCAAUUGGUGUCUAGGGGGUCCAGCAGCGAUGGUACUCGCGAUAAGAGCACCGGUAACGCAGCAUUUUCGUAGAAAACCAACCAACAACACAAAGAGCGGGAUGUCUUUCUAACGGCACGUGCUUUUCGAACAGAUAGAUAAAUGGAAAAUUGGCGAGCGAGUGGCCAGGUAGUGAGAAGACAACAGAAAAAGGAAGAUAGCAAAAAAAUCAGGUUUUAGGGGUGGUACGGUUUAUCGGUUCGUCGUGGCGAUGAGGAUUCCACGAUGAGAACUUGAUGUUCCCCUUGUUUCCAUCGACAGCCCUUCUGCACCCUCUUCACUGAAAGGCGGAGCGAGCCUACUUCGUCGUCUACCGGGAGCGUCAUCAGGAUAAACAGUGGUUCGCCGAGUGUAUGAACUCGUGAAAAGCCAGCUUGAGGCUGAUCGAAGACGGGUGGCUCUUCUACGCUUCGGCGGGUUUUACCUGGUCGUGGUGACGCUGCUGGCUGGUAGGUGACAAGCGUGACAUGUGCAUGACGGAUCGAUGAGUUACGACGACUUUCGUGCGUUGAGGAGCUUUGUCCUUGUAGACGGCAAUAAUAAUAUAACAGACAACGAUGCCACAACUGCCGCCGCUAUCAACACCAACCCAGACUUGAGCAAUUGCAGCAUCAACGACAAUAGCAAAGUCGGCAGUGAUCAGGAUCCUAUGGCGGCGGUCGGCCAUUCAAAGUUGUGUUUCAAUAUUUCGAGUUGGUGUCCGACGCGCGAUGAAUGGAUUCUAGCUAACCGACUAGUGCAACGAGACGAAGCCAAGAGAAUCUCGGCGUUCGUGUUUAAGCGGGACGCUAAAGCGUCGAUGGCUGGAAGACUCCUAAUGCGACGUUGUUUGGUCGACUCUCUACGGCAGAACAACGCUAAAUUGAAUCUCACACGAACAUCGGACGGACGGCCGGUGCUGACAGAGCCUGUUGCUAAUUUCGACUUCAACAUAUCGCACCAGGGCGAUUUCUGUGCGGCCACGUCUGGUCGCUGCAAACGUAUCGGUAUUGACAUCAUGCAAAUGAAAUACACGGGUGGACGCCACGUCCCAGAAUUUUUUCGUUUGAUGAGGAGACAAUUUACCCAAGGAGAGUGGCAGUUCAUCAAGACCCCCUCUUUCGAGUCUCAGCAGAUAGCACGCUUUUAUCGUUUGUGGACCCUGAAGGAAAGUUACGUGAAAGCGGUUGGUAUCGGCCUCGGAAUGGACCUACAGCGGAUUAACUUUCGCAUCUGUGACGAACUACGGUUAGGCCAGGAGCUAACCUCGACGAGUGUCGAAGUAGACGGCCGUUUGGAUGCCAAGUGGACGUUCCACGAAUGCCUCUUAGAUAGUACACACUGCGUGGCCAUAGCUUCGGUAGGAUUGAGAGGACGGGGGCACUUCUCGCUGCCCGCUAUGCCAGCAACGAUUGCCCCUCCGACAUCAAAGGACCAGAGCCAGCAGGAGAGCCCUACACAAGCAGCCUCCGUCAGCACCUGUAUCGCAACGGAUUCUGCGAAUUCCGGCUGUUAUGUGCAGAUGGACUUCUAUCGGAUGGUGCGCGGUCUCGACCCUAGAGACGAACUCAGCCCAGAGGAGCUUACAAAGCUAUGGGCAGAAUUUUGCGCUAAAGAAGAAAGACCGUCAUAGCAUCAAUACCAACAGUAGCUGCACACUUAGCAGCGUAUUAUAUAACGUUUUUCUUUUACUAUUUUCAGUCCCGUCAAGCAGACGUAAUACAGUUCGUGUAAAUGAGGAAAAGAUCUUGUUUUCAUGUAGUCUUCUCCAUCGUACUAAAAUUGGCGGUCAUAUAGGUGACGACAUCUAACACAAGCUGAUUGAUUAGGUUGCACGCAGGUUUAGAAAAAUAGGCUAGGCACUGCGUAUACAGACGCCGAGCUGUGAGACACGCCGGCAAACAGCAAUAGCGACGUAGCCAUAAAUAAGUAUAAGUUAAAAUGAAAGACAUCGGAAGGAACAGAAGAUCACUUGUUUCGACAACGGAAGAUGAAGUUUUAACCAGUGAUCGUAGUCGUAGCCAUCGUUAACUAUUCGCUAUAGCAGCCAUCAGGAGAUUAGAAAAACGAAAAUUGUAUGAUAAACUUGUUCAUUGAACAAAUGUAAAGGCGGUGUCAAUGGAUAUACAAAGCCAGGGUGGAAGAUAGAAGCAGGCGGACGUAUUCUGUGUGGUUGAUUAGUUGAAAUUAUACUGCUUCAUAUUACAUAUUUUUUACUACGUCGUGUUCUUUGUUGAACAAAUCAUUUAAGCACAAAUGUUGUCUGAUUAAUAAUGAUCGCCUAUAGUACUAGAUAUACGUAUAUAACUUUCAUACUUUUGGAUGAGCUCUUAAUGAGAACCAACAACUCAACAACAACAAUGCUUUACUGUGAACGUAUCCUCAUUCGAAUAUAUAGUAUUAGUUUUGGAUACAAGAACAGUGAAAGUAAUAAACGAGUCUCCUUUUUAACGUCUCGACUCUUUCGUUCUGUAUGGUCAUAUUAGAUGAUAUACUUGCUUCCAAUCCAAACGCUUUUAUAUCAAUAUCAAGAAGUAACUAAAGCAAUUUUAUAAAGAUCAAAAGCCUUAAAAGGCGACUAAAACAAAAAAUAUCCCACUUUUACACUUACGCUGCUGGUUAAAAAUUGUUUAAUAUUGCCACCUUUUCGAUAUUCUGCACUGGUCCUUUUCUUUAGGACUUUUUUAGUUUUUUUAGAUUUCACUGAUUUUUCAAUUCCUUUAUUUAGUUUGUCUUUGUUGGUUUAUACUGUCACAGUUUUUUUUUUAACUUUAAAUCGAAUUUAUGUUAUGUGGAUUAUCGAAAUUGUCACAUUUUAACAUAGAGUACACUUAUUUUGAGGUGGGAAUUCGAUGAAACAUUUAGUGGUGUCGAUAGUGGAAUCGCACGAAAGGCUUAGACAACAAAGGGCUUUUCAGCUGUACAUCACGAAAAACAAAAAAUUUUCAAUAAAUAAAAACCGACAUUAGGUUCUUAACAACCUAGCAUUAUAUUCCCUGUCGGAUAUUCUUUCGAAGCUCAUUCGUUGGUCUUUUUGUUGUUUAAAAUUUGUUACA